UCGACAACAGCUCCUGAUAUAUCGCUCAUAUGCGAUUUGAACUGUGAUAAGAAGUAUGCUACAAUGUCAAAGUCCAUCAUGGUAGCUGUGUGUCUUGAGUGUGAAAAUAAUUUGACCAAUCUGGAGUACCAUUGGUCACUCAGUUGGUAUGAUACAUCAAUUCAACAGUAUGUAACAGAAAAGGACUUUGAAUCGAUGACUGACACAGGUACUAACAGGAAAACUUUAGUUAUCUUAGAAAAUCAGGUGAAAAAGAAUACCAAAUAUUUGUUGGUGGUAAAAGUGAACCGCAUCGGAGAAAAAGAAGAAAAUGGAGGAAGACUAAUAUUUUUCACUAACAUGCCUCCCUACGGCGGAUCCUGUAAAGCUUCAAAUAGUUCAGCUACUGGAAGAGCUGCAGAAAUUUUGAACACACCUGAAGACAUGAUUCCCACCGGCACAGCUUCGUCUACUUUGUUUGCUAUUCUCUGUAAGGAUUGGAAGGAUGAAGGUUUGGAAACAGACCAAGAUGAACAAAGGGACGCUGAACAAGAGAAUCCUCUUCUCUAUGAAUAUUUCUUGUAUCUGAACCACACUGAUUACCGUGGAAAACGUGUAACAGAAAAAAUACCCAUAUACAGAGGAGGAGAAAGUACGGCAUCAGAAUUACGUCUACCUGUAGGAGACCAACAGGACGAUUAUGUUAUUCAAGUAGUUGUAACUGUAUUCGACCGAUUCGGAGAUUAUUCCAAAAUGUAUUUGAAAGUAACGUGUUUACCAAAUGAUGAAUACACACCGACCAAUGAAGGAGAUACAAAUAAAACAAGUAAGAUGCUUAAGAAUUUUGAUGAUAACUACGAUAUGACUGAUGCUGGUGGCAAUGAUAUAGCAGUGUUUCGCCUAAUGAAAUCUACGGCUGGGUUUUAUAACAAUUUGACAUUUGAAAACUCAACGACAAAGGCUGAUACUUCAUCAUUGGAGAAACUUGUCUCAUAUGACGAUGAGUUACAGGGGGAAGUUCAAAAUACAUUGCAACAGCGAAGUCUAGAUCUUAUUACUAAAGUAUCAGAUAAAGUACCAGAAAAUUCGUCGCUGAUAAUUUUGCCUGCAGAUACCAUAUUGAUUGCAAAAACCAUACAAUCUUGUAUAUCUAACAUAGAUGUCAUGACAGAAAACUCAUCAGCAGAAGUUUCUACAGUUGCAUAUAAUUUGAUACAAAAUAUACAGAAAGUGUCUAACAAAAUUCCACUACCGAUGACAGAGAGAGAAAACAUCCAGGAAGCAACAGCGGAUGUUCUUGGGAUAUUAUCUGAAAAUGUUGAAUUCCUGUCGACUGCUAGCCAAGAAAAUUUGAAUAAGACCCUGACGAAAGAGUUAGUUGAAGAGGAAUUAAUAGAAUACUACAGAUAUCAUCCUGAGGGAAUAGAAGGUUUCCCUACAAUUACAGAUGUACUGAUUAAUUUAAUGCAUGAAAAGAAGAGAAAAAUACGCGAAAGACAAACAAAUAUGGCUAAUAGUACAAGCGUCACAGUGGAUAAGCUUAUUGGAACACUCGAUUCAGCUAUCAACAUUACAUCUUCAACAAUAGCUUUUGGGGAAGGGGAGAAAGUUGUGCAACAAAAUAACUUAAACGUCAGUAUUGAAAAAGAUUCCACAGAAAUGUUCCUAAAUCGGUCUGAAAUUAAACGGGACGGAUUUUCAUUGGAUUUACAGAAUGACACUCUUGAAAAUAUCACCGCAACAGAACUGGAACUCCAGGUUAGCGUUUUCAAGAAAUCACCGCUUUUGCAUGCUGGUGGACAUUCUCAAAUCAGAGAGAGAAUUAUCGGAAUAUCUGUGCGAGAUGGCAAGCGGGAAAAUGUUGACAUUCCAUUAACCAUGAGAAUUCAGAACGAGGGCAUAGCGUUCGCAACUGAACACAGUGCUUCUGUAGGAGAUAAUAUGGAAUUCGUUAGUCCCCUUCAAGAUAAAAAUGAUGCUGUUCUCAUUUAUUUAAAACCUGAAGGUUUCGAUGAUACCAAUAUUGACGAUUACAAUUUCACGGUGUUGAUAAAAUCAAAAAUAUCUCCUUCCCUCAACGAUUACGAUUUUUCCGAAAAGAUUUCUACAAGAAGUUGGACAGUUUUUGGUUUCAAGGUUUUCGUUCCUAGUAUGACACUGGAAGAAGGAAAUAUUGUUAUAGCCAUAAAUGCUAUCGAGGGAACUACAGAAGAAAAUACAAUAAUAACCAAUCGGAAACGUAGAAGUAUUGAUGACGUUGAGAUUAGCACAAACGAAACUUUGUUAACAAAUAUGAGCAUUGCCAUAGUAACUACUGGUUGUAGAUCGUUUAAUCCCCAAUCACAAUCUUGGAAUCCGAAUGGCUGUUCGGUUCUGCCAUUUUCAUCUCUAAACGAAACUGUAUGUAGAUGUCCUCCAGCAGCAGGAAAAUUUUUUGCCACUAGCUUUUUGACUCCAAACCUUAUUGACUUUACUAAUGUGUUUGCUCAGUUUGAUGCUUCAAAUGCUGCUGUCUAUGGAACCAUGAUAGGCUUAUUUUUAAUAUAUGUGGGUUUAUUUAUAUACUUCAGACGAAAGGAUAAAGCCGAUGUUUUUAAAUGGGUGCCAUAUAUCAUGUGUGAUAACAAAGGCUGUGAUGAAUAUUUUUACAUGGUAACAAUUCAUACUGGUCUUCGUCCGGUAUCCGGCACCAAGUCAAAUGUUUGUUUUAUAGUAGCUGGGGAAAAUCAAGACACCGGAGUUCGAAUGCUGUCUGAUGGAAACUUGAAGGCAAGGUUUAAUGCUAUGAAGUGUUACUGUUUUAUUAUUUAA